CAUUCCCCAAUGUUGAGGCAAACAUGUGGGAAGGAUCAGCAUACCCCACCCCAUUACCCUUGUGUGUGCAGCUGAACGGAAGCGGCACCAAUCCUUUUCAGCUCCUUCUGCUCUCUUCAGCUAACAGAUCAGGACAGAUCAGGACAGAGAAAGGACACGCUGGUACUAACAUGGCAACUGCAAAAACUCUGCUUUGGCUGGGACUCUCUCUGUCUGCCUUCGGCAUAACCACUGCAGAUGUGAACUCAGUCCCCAGAGCACAAGACGUCCACUGGGUGUCUCUGGACUUCACCACACAUCUUCGCUGGAGUGUGACGUCCUCUGACUACACAUACACUGUCAGGUUCUCAGGUGAUAAUGCUGACUGGGAAGAAAGUCCUAAUUGUAUCCAAAUAUCAGCAUCAGAAUGUGACCUGACUCAGUCCCUCAAGGCCUCGGAUAGGGCCUACUUUGCUGAUGUUCAAACAGAAAUCAUGGACAUGGACUAUGAACUCCCUCACACUCAAUCUUCCAGGUUCAAUCCCUAUAGAGAGAGUAACAUCAGUGCUGUGAGUUUCACUGUGGCGCCAUUGGAUGACAGAAGAGUAAUAGUGAACAUCACUGAUCCUUUAACCUCCAUUUAUGAUCGUGGGAAGCAGCUCAGCAUCAGAGACAUUUUCAAAAAAGAUCUUAAUUAUAAGAUCCGCUACUACAAGUCUGGAAGCACAGGAAAGAGAGAUGAGAUAUCAAACUCAAGUAUGAAAGUGAUACCGGGGCUGGAUAAAGGAGAGAGUUACUGCUUCAUGGUGGCAACGUUCAUCAGAUCCAGACCCAAAGCCACUCAGCAGGGAUCCUGGAGCAUGCAGCAGUGCACAAAAAGUUCCCAGGACAUCCUGCAAGAUUUGAGUGUUGGAGCAUGGGUUGGUGUAGGCUUCAUCAUGUUAACAGUCCUCAUCGUCAUCGUCACGGUGACCGUCCUCUGCUGUCGCCAGAGAAACAAAACUCUGCAAAUGUCUCAGUCAUCAGCACCAGUGUAAAGUGCUUGGGUUAAGUUUGCUCUCUGAAACCAAGUUUACACUGUAUUAUGGGUAUUAUUUCUGUAUUUCAUAUUCAAGUUCUUUAUUUAGUUGACACUGAAAGUGAAAGACUUCAUCAAGAAUUUGGUCUUUCACAUUCACCAGUGUUUGUCCUUUCAUUUGUGUGAUCAUCGGGUACAUCAGGAAAACAGUAACCAAAACCAGUCUGCUACAGCAAAGUCGUGAUUUGUGUCUAAAUGACUGGAUUAUUAGAAUGUUCAUGCCUGAAGUACGGCAUCAUUUAUUAGCUUGUCUUCUGGCGGAACCUGCGUCCAACCCAUGCGUUUGCAUGGAGCUCAUUGGCUGUAGAGUAAUUUUCAUUAAACAACAUUUCUUUUUCUAAAGUAACUGAAAUAUAUCAUUAAGUCACAAUCACAGUUUAUCUGUAAUCUUCAUUUGUAAAAAACGUUUAAAUGGUUUAAGAUGAUAGAAAAAGCAAACAGUUUGACAAAUAUUCUGGUAAAUGUGCAGCACAGUGGUGGGGUGGUUAGCACCUGGGUUUAAAUCCAGCAUCUGGCUGGAGCCUGUCCUUUCACGUCAUGUCUGCGUGGGUUCUCUCUGGGUACUCUGGCUUCCUCCCACAGUUUAAA